ACUGCUGCAGCUGUGUAGGCCGUAACUGGCUAACGAGUAAAAAUAUAAACAUUUUUUUUUAGCAUUUUUGUGAAACGAAAAGUUCGAUCAAAUCAUACGUCUCGUAAUUCGACACCAACCCAACGAUUGUCGUGUAAAUAUUCGAAAACGAAUCGAUCGAUCUGCAAUCGCAGAUCUGCUCUCUCGAGUGUGUUUCUCGAUCUGUGGUUCGAUUCGUCGUUCGAUCAACGAAAAUGUCGUGUUGGCGAAAGAUUCAACCGGUGGAAGGACCCAUCAGUCUAUCGGAGAUAACUUCCGAACAACUCGCCAACAGUUUGCAAGAAAAGGAAUCGAAGAGGUACAAAGUCGAAUCGGUGCGGCACGAUACGAAGGUGCAAGAUCAUGCGACGACGUACGAAUCAAACGAUACCGACAGCGACGAGGUGAUCGCGCAUGUGUUGCAAGAUCAGUUCAACAAAGAAUACGAUUUGAUGUUGAAACGCACGGAAGAAAAGUUGAACCGUGAUUCGAAGGUCAAUAUAUCUUACACGAACUAUCGAACUUCGCUCUCCGGCGAUCAUGGCGGCGGCGACGGCGACGAUAAAGACGUGGACAAUGAGGAUACGGAUGGCAAAGACUUUGACAGAUUCGUGAGCAUAGAGAAGGAAUACGCUUCCAUACCGCGUUGCGGAUAUAGAAAAAUGGGAGGCGACGGAUCACAAAUAGUUACAAAACACGACAUGCUGAUGUCUUCGCGAAUAAACGCAUGCAGAGUAUUGCAGUUUCCACCGGGUAUUCAUACGGGAGACACGGGAGGGUUCGACGUGAAACUGAACAAUAAAGUGUUCAACGGCCUGAGAGCCCACAGCCACGCUCAAUGUUCCAAGCAAAAGGCUAAGACUCGACCGCACACGAAAUAGAACGCGCAACAUCGAGUAAUGUGGUUUGUGGAAUGUAAAUAAGCACGACGUCGCGAUAACGUGAUCGUAAGGUUCCUCCUCGUUUUUGUUCUCCCUUCUGCUGCUGGUCAUUCUUCCACGCGUACGAAGCGACGCAAGCUCUCGUUUUCACGUUUUGACGCGGAUGUAUUGGAACGUCAUUAUUUUCAACGUUAAACGUCGUCGUCGACGCUGAUACGAUUGUGAUAUGAAAAAUAAAUGAAAGACGAAUAUUUGACCAAGUAUACGGCGUGGCGUUAUUAGACGUGGCGUAAAUAUCCAAGUA